CUGAUGCGUUGCGUUUAAAACCAAAACAACGUUGUGUUUAAAUUAGAAAUAGAUCAGGAAUUAGAGAUAGAUUAGAAAUUAGAGAUCUGCGAUUGUUGAAGCGUGUUGUUUCGCACGCGCGUCACGCGUGGAAGGAGAAGUGUAAUCGCACACGAUUAUUGUAUUGAUAAGCGCAAUUUGACAUAUAUAUCAUACAUGAGGAAAAUGUAGAUGAAUGAAGUUUAAAUCAAGGGGUCGAUUGCGUAUCUUGAAACGAGAAUACGUCUGGCCACUUGCGAGAGAAUGCUCAGGACAAAAUUGUUACAACGGUACCUGUCGCAUCACGUGCCUUUGAGCUGCCGAGCGAUGCAUCUCCUGAGGGAUAACGCGUACGUUAAUGGGAGCUGGAUAGGCGCCAGUGACAAGCAGAUAUUUCCCAUUUACAAUCCAGUUGACAAUACCAUCAUUGCUCAUGUUCCUGAUAUGAAUGUUGCCGACACUCAAUUAGCCGUCGAUGCUGCUGCCAAAGCUUUCGAGUCGUUCAGCAAGACCACGGCCAAAGAGAGGAGCGAUUUGCUGAGAAAGUGGUACAAUCUGAUGGUCGAGCACUCCGAGGACUUGGCUCGUAUCCUGACCAAGGAGAACGGGAAGUCUCUCGACGAGUCCAGAGCGGAGAUCAAGUAUGGAAAUUCUUUCGUCGAAUGGUUUGCGGAGGAGGCUAGGAGGAUAGAGGGUGAGGUGCUGCAGGCACCCGUGCCGAACAGAGAGUUGCUUCUGCUGAGACAACCAGUCGGUGUAGCUGCCUUAAUCACGCCGUGGAACUUUCCGCAUGCUAUGAUCACCAGGAAAGCCGGCGCCGCGCUCGCCGCCGGCUGCACCUGCGUCAUCAAGCCGUCCGAGGACACUCCGCUGACGGCGCUGGCGUUGGCGGAUCUCGCGGAACAGGCGGGCUUCCCCGAGGGGAUCUUGAACGUGCUCACCACGAGCGUGACGAAUUCCGCCGCCGUUGGCAGGGAGCUGUGCGAAAAUCCAAAGAUAAGAGUGUUAUCGUUCACCGGCUCCACCGCCGUGGGGAAGAUCCUGUACAGGCAGUGCGCCUCGACCAUGAAACGGCUUGCCCUCGAAUUGGGUGGUAACGCGCCGUACAUCGUAUUUAAAUCCGCGGACGUAGAUCUAGCUGUGAACAGCGCCAUGGCCAGUAAAUUUCGCAAUGCCGGUCAAACAUGCGUCUCGGCAAACAGAUUUUUCGUAGAGGCGGACAUUUUCGACGAGUUUGUUAAGAAGUUCGUGGCGAGAAUCGACAAGGAUAUCAAGAUGGGAGACGGCAGUAAAGAGGACAUCACUCACGGGCCGCUUAUCAAGAAAAGUCAAUUGGAUAUGGUAAGUGGUCUGGUGAAGGACGCGGUUCAGAAGGGUGCUAAGGUACAUUGCGGCGGAAGUCCGUUACCGGAUCUCGGACCGUUGUUUUAUGCGCCUACUCUGUUGACCGACAUAACUAAGGACAUGGAGAUUUACAACAAAGAAAUCUUCGGGCCCGUAGCUGUUAUCAAUAAAUUUCGUAGCGAGGAAGACGUGUUGAGGCAAGCCAACGAUACGCCGGUUGGUUUGGCCGGAUACUUCUUCUCGCAGGACAUAUCGCAAAUAUUUAGAGUCGCGCGUAAAUUGGAAGUCGGUAUGGUGGGUGUCAACGAGGGAUUAAUUUCAUGCGCGGAGGCUGCUUUCGGUGGGGUGAAGGAAUCCGGCUUAGGAAGAGAAGGUUCUAAGCAUGGGGUUGACGAGUUUCUUGAUAUUAAAUAUGUAUGUUUUGGCAACCUUAAAUACUGAUACAAAAUGCAUUUUGAACAAUAUAUAUAUCACUGUUAUGUUUGAUAAUAGUUGCUGCAAACCAAGAAUAAACAAUAAUAGGCUACAUAGUUAUAUAUAAUAAUAAUCUAAUAUAUAAUAACAAGAAAAAACUACAAUUUUACAGUGUUCUAAGUGACUCUAAUUUUUGGAUAUGAUUAUUUAUAUGUAAUUCUAUUAAUUUUCUUUUAAUAGAAGUUUUUUUUUUUAUUAUGAUUAGUUAUG